AUGGCAGGGGAUGUGAAACGAUUCACACGCAUGCUACUGGAAUGCAGCAGCAAUGACAAGCUCUGUGUUGUGCGUGAAUAUCAGACUGAAGUGAUCGUUGUCCCAGUUCUCCUGGUGGGGUUUUUUGUCAUCCUGCUAACUGUCAUCCUUUGGCUCCACUGCCGAGGCUUGAGAGCAAAGCAGCAGCAAUCAGCAUCACCUGGACACCCAGUGAAUACCAAGGAUCAGCAGGAAUCCAGCUCCACAGAGAGCCACUAUAUCCAGCUGAGUGAGACAUCUGUGGAGGCCCUGCUGAGUUCUGCAUCCUGGGCUCUGAAAGACCUGGAGAUACCACGAGAGAAGCUGUCAGCAGGCAGCCUGCAGCUGAUAAAAGACGGCCACUAUGGGAGCAUCUACAGGGCACAGCUGGAAACUGGGAACCCUGGCAAGACCAAGAGUGUGGUACUGAAAGCCUUACGAGGCCAGGCUUGUCCCCAGGAAGUAAAGGAUUUCCUGGGAAGGAUUAAAUUCCAUCAAAAUCUUGGCCAUCAUGAGAACCUGGUUGAAUUGGUUGGAUGCUGUGUAGACCAGCUCCCAUUUUAUAUGGUCUUGGAAGAUGUGUCCCUUGGUGACCUGUUGACGUUCCUAUGGACGUGUCGGAAGGAUGUAAUGCCCAUGGAUGGUAUCCCCUGUGACCUCACUGAGAGGCAAGUGUAUGAGGUUGGACAGCAGGUUGCAGCAGCUCUGGCUUACCUUGAACGGAAGAAGUUGUUCCAUGGCGACGUUGCUGCCAGGAAUGUCCUCCUUCAUCACAACUUCACUGCCAAGCUCUGUGGUUUAGGUCUGGCCUAUGAAACUCACAAGUAUGGUGCCCACUCAGUCACACAGAUUGUGCCAGUCAAGUGGCAGGCACCAGAGAAGCUCCUGAAGAAACCCCCCAGCAUCAAGGCAGACAUAUGGUCUUUUGGAAUCCUGCUGUAUGAAAUGAUUACAUUAGGUGCUCCACCAUAUCCUGAGGUGCCACCAUCUGACAUUUUGCAUUACCUGCAGAGACAGAACAUUAUGAAGCAGCCUUCAAACUGCCAGCAAACCAUGUACAGCAUCAUGAAGUCCUGCUGGCAGUGGAAUGCAACUAAGAGGCCUUCUCCAACAGAACUGAUCCAGGCCUUACAGACAGCUGUCAAGACCAGCAAUGACCACGCAGUGCUGCAGGUGCCUGAGCUGGUGGUGCCUGAGCUCUAUGCUGAUAUUGCUGGUGUGGAUGUGCACAGUUUAAUGACAGAGUACACGAUCCUCUGA